AUGAGGCUCAUUAUCCGCGACGAGUCCGAGGCUGCCAGCUCCUACGUAGCCAAUUACAUCAUCGACAGAAUCCAGCACUUCAACCCUACUCCGACACAUCCCUUCGUUCUUGGCCUGCCAACCGGCUCAAGUCCUCUUGGUGUAUAUAAAGUAUUGGUCGAGAAGUACAAGGCUGGACUGAUCUCGUUUGAGAAUGUCGUUACUUUCAACAUGGACGAGUAUGUGGGAAUCCCCAGAGAUCACUCCGAGAGCUACCACUCCUUCAUGUGGAAGAACUUCUUCUCCCACGUCAACGUGAACCCCAACAACGUACACAUCCUCAACGGCAACGCUCCGAACCUAGAAGCGGAAUGCGUCGAAUACGAGGCCAAGAUCAAGCGCGCCGGAGGCAUUGACUUGUUUCUGGGUGGCAUCGGGGAAGAUGGACACAUCGCGUUCAACGAGCCAGGGUCGAGCCUGGCCUCAAGAACCCGCGUCAAGACGCUGGCAUACGACACCAUCCUUGCCAACUCUCGGUUCUUCGAGAACGACAUCGAGAAGGUCCCCAAGAUGGCCUUGACGGUUGGUGUCCAGACCGUCCUCGAGUCCCGGGAAGUCGUGGUCAUCAUCCUGGGUGCUCGCAAGGCAUCCGCCCUCCAGCGCUGCAUCGAGCAGGGCGUGAACCACAUGUGGACCCUCUCGAGCCUCCAGCUUCACCCUCACCCCAUGAUCGUGUGUGAUGAAGAUGCCACGCUCGAGCUCCAAGUCAAGACGGUGAAGUACUUCAAGAGCAUCGAGCUAGUCGCGAGACAACAAGGAUUCGAGCAGAUCCUGCCGUCAAGCAUCCGCACUGGGCCCCCGAUUCCCAAGACCGUGGUCGACGAGGUAUCCGACGAAGUCCAGUCUCCUACCAUCCUCGCGCCCCAGCCCAUGACGUCCCGUCUACUCCGAGCCACCCCUGCUACUGAGUAUCCGGUGCGAUCAGUGUCGCCCGAUCUGGUACCGGACCGUAUGGCCGAUCGCGUUGGCGUGCCCGAUCUGGCAAGGAGACUGACGCCCCAGCCCGAGCAGCAACAGCAAAGGCUGGCUAGCGUUGGGGCAUAG